GAUCUCCAGGCCGUCGUGAUUGAGCCUGAUAAGCUCAGCGCUGAGGGCAAGAACACACGCGCUGCUCCUCCAGCAGUGCCGCUAUCGCUGCGGUACCGCGCUCUCAACCGCGCGUUGAGAUACAGCUCGUAUCUAGCGCGUUCAGCGUUCAGAGCUGCAGAGCUGCAGGCGCAGCGCGCCCGGCCGCGCUGCGACAGGAUGGCGAACACGCAGGAAGACGAGGAGAUCAUGGCAGCCAUGGAUGCGAUGGAAGCGCAGCCGAGCGGCGAGGCGGAGGUGCCGUGGUCUCAGGAGGACAACCGAUGGUCGUCGCAGCAGUCUGCCGAGGACGCGCCGGCGGCGGCGCCGCAGAACCCGCAGAAGCUGUGGUGGCACACGCAGCAGGACGAUCCCGCGCACGUCGAGGCGAGCCUCGCGGCGAUCACGGACGCCACGGGCCUCGACUUCGCGGCCGUGCGACGCGGUUGGGACAAGACGCGGCGCGUAGCCGAGGACGCGGACGUCUCCUACGACGACAGCGUCACCGCGUUUGGCGAGCUCGCGCUCGCGUGCAAGGAAUGCAACACGUCGCCCGACACCGUCCCGGCAAACGCCGUCGUUGUGAUCAACAGCGUGCGGCGGCGAGGUAACGACAACGGCGUCAAGCGCGCGAUCGAGAAGCUGGUCGGUCGGCGGGCGUCGCCGCCGCGACCAAGCCAUCCGAAGCGGCCCGUGCCGAGCCCACCGAAGCAGCGCAAGAGCCCUCCGAAGCGGCCGCGGCCGGCUCCGGCGGCCGCCGCGCCGACCGCGGCGCCGGCGCCGCCACCAGCAGCGCCCGCGCGGCGGCCGACGCCGCGCGAGCUCGGGACCAAUCCCCGCGCGCUCGGGACCAAUCCGCGCGCGCUGGGGACCAGCGCGCGAGCGCUCGGGACCAACCCGCGCGCGCUCGCGGCGCGGGCGCCACCGCUGCCGCCGCCGUCGGAGAUAGAAGACGAGUCGGUGACAUCGCCGUCGCCAUCGCCACUGACGCCCGCGCCGUCGCCGGAGGACGCGGCGGCGGCGGCGCUGCCAACGACGGACGAGGUCGAACCCCCGCGGCCUCCAACGCCGCCGGACGACGCGGCGGCGCUCGAGCGCGCCCGUGGCAACUUGGCGCGCGCGCUCGCCGAGCCCGAGCCCAAGCCCUCGGAGGAGAACGAGAGCGACGGCGACGAGGACCCCUUCGGCGCCGUCGCGCCGCGCCCGCCGCCGCUCACCGGCUUCGCGGAAGAGCCCGUGACGGAGAACCAGCGCGCGCGCCUGGACGAUCUGCGCGCGCGCAUGGCGGCGCCGCCGCCGGCGCCGCAGGACGACGCGCCGCGGGCGCCGCAGAUCACGAUUCAUCCCGCGGGGUCGCGCGCGGCGGACGAGCUGAUCGAAAGGGCGCGCUGGCGCCAGACGUCGCCCGACAUGUUGAAAAGGCUCAGCCGCGCCGGCCGGGACGCGCUGGGCGAGGAGCCGGACCUGGCGGUGAAGCUGCUCCAUGGCCGCUGCGCGGUCGUCGAGGUCGAGGACGUCCGCGGGGGCGAGGCGCUCGCCAAGCACAUGCUCGACACGAAGGCCACGCCGGACGAGGCGGCCUGCCGCGCGCUCGGCUUCACGUUCCUACGGACGACGACGCUGGUCGUGAAUCGCGCCGUGCCGCCGCGACAAGUCACGGUGAAGGCCUUGUUCCUCGACCGCGAGACGGCCGCCGUCGCCGCGGCCUUCGACGCCGAGGGCCGCACGGCGUUCCACCGCGCCGUCACCCGGCCAAGCGCUACGUCAGCGCCGCGCGCGACGCGGUCCAGGGCGCCCAGUACUGCGAGGGCAUCCGCUACGACCGGCGGCACAACGCGCACAAGCAGGACCUCGGCCGCGACGCGUACCACACGUUCUGCCACCGCGAUGAGAAGUGGCGGCGCGACGCCACGUACAAGCGCGACGUCGUCGAGCUGCUCUUCAAGGUGUGUGAGCUCGAACGGAUUUUCGUCCCGCGGCUCGGGCGGAUGCGCGCGCUCUUCCGCGACGCGAUGGGCCUCGUCCCGCUGAGCCGGACGCUCGAGGACUACAUCUCCGCGCCGAUGCUGGUCAUGUCGGAGUCGUUCGGCUGCGAGGUCCACGUCGAUAAGAGCGCGGACAAGUUCGCAGAGUCCAUCGCCUGGGUGCGCGGCACACGGCGGCACCCGUGGCACUUCAUCGUGGCGUGCGCGGGCGUCGCGUUCGAGCUCCACGAGGCGGCGCCGUGCUUCCUGACGCUCCAGGCGUCCUGCACCGCGCACGCGACGCUUCGGACGCCCGGCCACGAGAACCACCCGUCGAAGGGCGCGGCCGCCGUCACGAAGCGGACGCUUGUGACGGACGCCGCGCGCGAGAAGUUCCGGCCCGGGGAGCCUAGAGAGGAGUAA